CCAUGUAAUUAUAAAUGACCAUACUAGAAUGGACAUGAACCUUAUGAUUGAUGGGAUUAAGGUCAGCCAUUUUGGUCAGGGAGUUGGUCAGCCAGCGUAGUAAGAUAAUGUGUUAAAAGAAAUGAAGAAUUUAUCAACACUAGAUAGCCAGACAGUUUUAGAGGAAUGUUUCAAAUUAAAUGCCAAUAUGCCAACACUCCAUUCAAACAACACAGUCAAUCCACAGCCACACUGGCUGAAAUCAGUUGAUGAUACUGUAGGACUUAGACAAGUGGUAAAUGCAACAAGUUCUGAUAUUGCAUCAUAUCAUUGCAUUAACAGCUUUCUGAGAAAACCAAAAAUGUUGACAUUUUAUGGAUUGUUUACUUAUAAUUUAGAGGAUACUUAUACAGAAAAUUGGUAUAAAACCAGUAUAAACUAAAGUUAUAAUUACUAAUGGCACCCGUCCUUAUGGACUGUAUCAUCAUUUAAAUGAUUAAUUAGAUUUAAUGCAAUUCCCCCUCCUACAAAUCAAACAUGUGUUUAUAUGUUGAUCUUUUUGGUCUCUGGAUAUACCAAUAUUCUCAACUCCAGAGCAUUUAAACAACUCCCAUAGGCCUAUUUCCAUGGGAUCAUGUCACCUGCUUUCUCUUUAAAAUGUAUUGUUGGCCUACCAUGAACACACGUUAUGUUAUGUUAUAUAUACAGUGCCUUCAUUUUCAGAUCCCUUGACUUCUCCCACAUUUUGUUACGUUACAGCCUUACUCUAAACAUUCUUUAUCAAAUAAAAAAACUCAUCAAUCUACUGCACAUGACAAAGCUAAAACAGGUUUUUAGACAUUUUUGCAAGUUUAUUCAACAUAAAAAACUAAAAUAUACUUAACUAUUCAGACCUUUUGCUAUGAGACUUCAAAAUUAAGCUCAGAUGCAUCAUGUUUCCAUUGAUCAUCCUUGAGAUGUUUCUACAGCUUGAUUGGAGUCCACCUGUGGCAAAUUCAAUUGAUUGGACAUGAUUUAGAAAAGGCACACACCAGUCUAUAUAAAGUCCCACUGUUGAGAGCAAAAAACAAGCCAUGAGGUCGAGGGAAUUUGCCGUAGAGCUCCAAGACAGGAUUUUGUCGAGACACAGAUCUGGGGAAGGGUACCAAAAAAUGUCUGCAGCAUUGAAGGACCCCAAAAACACAGUGGCCUCCAUCAUUCUUAAAUGGAAGAAGUUUGGAACCACCAAGACUCUUCCUAGAGCUGGCCGCCCGGCCAAACUGAGCAAAAGGGGGAGGAGGGUCAAUUGGUCAGGGAGGUGACUAAGAACCCAAUGGUCGAUCUGACAGGAGUCCAGAGUUCCUCUGUGGAGAUGGGAGAACUUUCCAGAAGGACAACCAUUUCUGCAGCAUUCCACCAAUCAGGCAUUUAUGGUAGAGUGGACAGACGGAAGCCACUCCUCAGUAAAAUGCACAUGACAGCCUGCUUGGAGUUUGCCAAAAGGUUCUCUACAUUUUGAAAUGUUGUGUAGCCUAAUUCUAGAUGUUUUUCUCUUUCUACCCUCUCCAGCUAGGCUACUCCGACCCCCACAGGGACUAUACAGGGGCAGGGCAAACCAUUUUAUCCAGGAAUUAGGAUGUAACUGUAACUGUAACUGUAAAACCAAAUUAUAGUUUUAGCUGCCCCCAAAAUAGACAGUAUUGAGUGAAGUGACCAGACAGAAUUUGUAGCUGUCACAGAUGCAACCACAUCCAAGCAUGGACGAAGUAUGCCUACUUUCUACCUCUCCACUUUAUCUACCAGCUCACGUUUGUUUCCUAUGUUUUAGGCCUAGUGCUUGGGCUAUAUGACGCAUUAUAUUCCUUGCUAUAUUUGACAACAUUGUUUGAAAGGUGUUGAAGGUUAGUUUAUGAGUUGGGUAUAACAGGGCAGCGGGCGAUAAGAUAGUAUGUUGAAUAUUUUACGCAUGGGCCCGCCCUAGACUAUAAACCAGCAGCGCAGUUAAUACUUAGACCUAUGUGGAUUGCUGCAUGUUGUAAAAUGAAUAUGAGUAUUGUGAUGCAUAAUUGCCAUAGUACUUUGGAAUGUCCAGUCAAUGAGCAUUAUGAUUAAGGCCAACUAGUCAUUCUACAGAUCGAUGCUUGAUGACAGCAUCAUCUCUCGUAGUAACGGUGCCAUUUCAAAAACCGGGGAAAUAAUAAAACAACCAUAUGCUAAUAAUUGUUGUAACCCUUCCAAUUGUUAGUUGGAAGCGCUCGUUUUUAUUUCGUGCAGCCGAACGGACAAUAAGCAAGUAUGUGAGGAAUCUAAGGUCUCCCCCUUGCCAACUUUCUUAACGUCUCCCCUUUCUCCUCCUUGCCAACUCUCCUCUUGCGCCUAACGGUUUAAGAAUAUUGGUAUAUCCAGAAACCAAAAAGCUGAACAGAUAUACACAUGUUUUAUUUGGAGGAAGGGGGAAUUGCAUUGAAUCAAGUUCUUACGGGAGGUGUGAAGUCUAUAGACGACUGCCCUGUUCAGCCAAUGAUUCCUCUGUACCUGCUGGUGGGUGGGGUUGUUGGCAGUGUAAAGGUCACGCUGCUCCUGUACGACACCACCCACAUGAGGUCGCUCAUCUCCAAGUCGGUCGUUAUCGGCGACGACGAUCCCGACGAGUAUCCAUGGAGACAGAACGCAAACAAGUACUACGUGCACGUCAUCCUCAGCCUGUUCCUGUUCGUCUGGUUCCUCCUGGGGAACUACUGGGUGUUCUCUGUGUUCCUGCCUAACUUCAUCACACCCUUCCACCAGCCACAGGACUACUGCAGGAAGUCUCUGUACCUAUUUGCUGUGUUUGUGUUGACGCUCAGCCACACCGUGCUGCUCCUGCUACUCUGCUGUGGGGUCUGUGUACACGUCUGCUCUCAGACCAGCACCAGGGACGACUACGGGGAUAGUGAUGAAGACUGAGUGACUGACUGGCUGGCUGGAUGACUGACUCAGAGAAGCAUACAGAUGUUGGAUUUUAAUUUGAUCAUCCUGUUUUUGCAGGAAUGCUCCCGCGUAGCAGGAAAUACAAGCUUGUAGUGUAUCUGAGGUUUAAAAGGGCUUCUGAAAUUUGUAAUUUCCACUUUGAAAUUUCAGACUUGAUUUUCCCUUACAAAAAUUGUACUGUAUCAAACCCUACAAAAAUGUCCAUUAAUUAUAAUUCAUAUAAUAAUUUACAUUUCCUGUUGCCCUUAUAAUUAUUUUCCUGCUGUAGCAAACUGUCUCAAAUAAAGAUCCUACAUCUGUACAGAAAGAUUGUAGAGCACUGGGGCAUUGCAGUUGGAUGGUUCUGUAGUUAGUAGAACAGUGGAGCAUUGCAGUUUGAUGGUUCUGUAGUUAGUAGAACAGUGGAGCAUUGCAGUUAGAUGGUUCUGUAGUUAGUAGAACAGUGGAGCAUUGCAGUUUGAUGGUUCUGUAGUUAGUAGAACAGUGGAGCAUUGGAGUUUGAUGGUUCUGUAGUUAGAAGAGCAGAGCGACAGAUGAGGUUGGGUGUGUAACGUUGGGGAGAUAUGAGCGCAGGGAAAGACUCAUCUUAGCAUAACUAACAGAAGUUCUCGUCCUCUAGAUGUGACCUAGACAGUUGCACUAGGAAAGAAGAGUCAUUCUGGUGGCAGCUCCCAAACAAAUCUGUGAAAUCUACAUGUAUCAUAUGUAACCACACAGGUGGGCCUAGGAGCCUGUUGUUAACUUGACUGCAUCAUGUGGGUGUUUUUGUGCAAUGUAAUUGUCUUUUUAGAUAUUAAAUUACACAAAUGAAACAUGUGCUACAAUUCUACAACUGUUUCAUGUACUUUGUAGGGUCUGAAAUGAAUUUACAAGGCACGUUUUAUAUACAGUUCCAGAUCAACAUUUGAUCAUCACAGAUGUCAGCAUGUACAGUAUAUUGUUUUACUCAAUGUAGGAUUUUAGCACUAAUAUUUAUUAAUUCAUGUUUGCACUUAAUAUAGUAUUUUAAAUCAUUUUGUUUGUCAGGAGGCAAUGUGCACUGUUACAUUAGGCUCUUGACUUGUGGAAGAUCAUUUUUGAACGCCGCCAAUCUAACAGUACAGCAAUACUACUGCACCAUCUAGUGGUCAAAUUAAGUACUAAAAAGCGUAAUCUCACGACAGUUUAUUUUUUUAAUGUAAUUAUAAUCUUUAGUGGGUGUGAUGAAUAAUCUCUCAAUUGAAUUGGUGUUCAUUUUUUAUCAUAAGGACAUUUGAAUGCAAAUAAAUAAUGCCUUUU